GCCCAGCGUGCUACCUACCAAGCAACAUGCUAGACGCAGCACAGACAUGCCCACUCCGCCUGUCUGGGCGGAGACAUUGAAAACCCAGGUUUCAGAAUCCUAUCAAAAGAGGGUGGAGCUCUCCUGCCAGGUUCAGGGGAACCCGAAACCGGAAGUCAUCUGGCUCAAGGAGGGACUGCGAGUUCAAGAAGGAGAACAAUUAAAGAUUCGUAAUGGCGGACAGACCCUUGUAAUAAAACAGCUGACUAAAAAGAUGGCGGGCAUGUACACGUGCAAAGCAUCCAAUGGGUAUGGUAGUAUACAGCAUGAUAUCCUGGUCGAGGGUGAGCAGCAUACUAUCUACUCUCCGAAGAUCCUGGAGAAACCAAAGAAUCAAACCCUGGUGGAAGGAAUGGAUGCUUACUUCUCCUGCAGGUUCGACUAUGGUUCUCUGGGUGCAAGUAUUUACUGGUUUCGUGCUGAUGAAAACUAUGAUCCAGGGAAUGCGACAAACUUCAUCCUUGUCGCCAAUAAUGCCGGAGACGAGCUUAUAAUCAAAAACGUAAGCAAAGCCCUAUCUGGAUACUACUUCUGUGUUGCCAGAAAUAUCCAGGGAGAAGCAAUUGGUCAGGCCAAACUGACCGUACUUCAUAACUUCGAGGCAGUGCUUGAGUCCCCGAAGAACAUAUCUGGGGUGGUGGGUAGCACGGCAGUGUUCCAUUGUAUAACCCCCCUGGAGAUUCAUCCUUUCAUCCACUGGGUUCGUAUUCAUGAGGAGACAAUGAUUAUUGAAGUAUUGGCAAACCAUACUGAAGUCCUAACCCUGGAGAAUGUUACAAAAGACGACGCUGGACCCUACUCUUGUGUUAUUGGGACAGAGUCAGAUAAUAGUUUCUUUGAGACAGCUUACCUCACUGUAACGGAUGAAGUUCCAUAUCCUCCUAUACCUCAAGGACAUCCUGUUCAUACCAAGCUGGUUGUUAUUGUGGUGUGUGUCUCCUUCAUGGCUCUACUGUUCCUCAUCAUUGUCCUUAUCACCUACAGGAAGAUGAGACGGGAGAAGUUGAAAAAACUUCAAGCAAUUCAGAAUGCCCAGGCCAUCACUGCCUGGACCAAGAAGAUUAUUAUUGAGAGGAACAACUUGUCCCAGCCCGGUGGUACAGUCAUUUCUCCGGUAGUAAGGAUUGAACGGCAACCAUCGUCUCAGCGCCUGAGAACUGGUUCUGAGAAUACAACUCUAACCACUGUAUCAGAAUAUGAGCUUCCACUUGAUCCUGACUGGGAGUUCCCCAGGGAGCAUCUGAGCCUAGGCCAGACCCUGGGAGAGGGAGCGUUUGGUAAGGUUGUACAAGCAAACGCUUUGGGGCUCAGGCGUCCAGGAGAAUCUGCUAUUGUAGCGGUAAAAAUGCUGAAAGAAGGUCACACUGAUCCUGAAAUGAUUGAUCUUGUCUCUGAGAUGGAUAUGAUGAAGGUAAUUGGGAGACAUAUCAAUAUAAUCAAUCUUCUGGGUGUGUGUACCCAGGACGGUCCUCUCUACGUCAUUGUAGAGUAUGCUGAUCAUGGAAAUUUGAGAGACUUUCUACGAAAACAUCGUCCUACGUCUGGUUACGAAAGACCUAAUGGAGAAAAACCCCCAUUGUCCGAAAAGCAACUGAUAAGCUUUGCCAGACAAAUAGCACGUGGUAUGGAGUACUUGGGUUCUAAAAAGUGCAUUCACAGGGACCUAGCAGCUCGUAAUGUUCUUGUUUCUGACGGACUUAUUCUAAAGAUCGCUGACUUUGGUUUGGCGCGAGACAUUCAUUCAAAUGACUACUACCGGAAGCUUGGAGACGGCCGACUUCCUGUCAAGUGGAUGGCUCCGGAGGCCCUUUUCCACCGGAAGUAUACAAUUCAAUCCGAUGUUUGGAGUUUUGGAAUUCUGUUGUGGGAAAUGAUGACCUUAGGUGGGACUCCAUAUCCUUCUGUACCAAGUAUAGAGAAGCUGUUUCAACUACUCCGGGAAGGUCAUAGGAUGGAAAAGCCCCCUCAGUGUUCCAUGGAUGUAUACUUUCUAAUGAGGGACUGCUGGCACUUUUAUCCUAACCAACGGCCUACCUUUACUCAGCUGGUAAACACUCUGGACGAACUAAUUACAGGUUCAUGUGAAGACGAGUAUUUAGAUCUUGGUUUACCACCACUAGACACCCCACCUUCCUCAGAUGAUGAUUGUGGAAUAGAGGAGAGCGCAGCUAAAUUCUUCAACAAUCAAAACAAACCUCUUCAGUUUCACAAUCAUCAGUAUGACCAGGGGUCAAACUGGUCGCCAGAUCAAGGGUUUGGGUCAGCUUCUGGUUCUGGAUUCUGUCCAUCAGAAGGAGUAGUUGAUAACUUCAAGGAUUCACAGGAUUUCCAAAUAAACUAUUCCACUCUGGACCCAGGCCGAAGUACUCCCACCUAUAUGAACCAAGACUCCACACUUCCUUUCAUAAACAACUCCCUCCGUCGUAUAUACUCCCACCAGUAUGAGAACCAACCUGAAGACUCCCGAAGAGGAGUACUAGGAGGAAGGGGAGGGGAGGGAGUAGGACAAGGAGUACAGUAUACACAGCAGUCCAGCUUACCAGAACAGUUACAUCCGCCAACACUAGAUGUCAGAUAUACGACGCAAAUAAGUUUGCCCGAAGGUCUGUUGUCCACAUCUACCAACCCUUGUCAAACAUACUGCUCGAAACAAACUGUUUUCUCACAACCCCAAACGUUUGCCUCUCAAGUUCAAACGUUGGUCCCCCAGCCAAAAACGCUCCCAUCCCACCCACAAACGUUUGUCCCUCAGCAACAAACGUUUUCAUCCCAGCAGCAAACUUGUGUCCCUCAGCAACAAACGUUUUCAUCCCAGCAACAAACCUUUGCCUCCCAACCACAAACGUUCAUGACUCAUCAACCAAUCCGUACAUCCCAACACCAGACGAUAAACUACUCGUCCAAUCCCCAAAACAUUAAUCAACCUCAACCAACCACCUUUUCCCAACCUCAAAACUUCCUCCCGCAUUCCCAACUUUAUACUUCCCAAUCUCAGGAGUUCUCCUUCCCUCCCAACCCUAGACUAACAGACUCAUCCCAAUCCAAUCCUUUGGAUCAAGUUCAUUCCUCUCCUCACUCUCCACCCCUUCCUAAUCCUCCUUCCCCUAGUCUACCCUGUCCUCCUUCUCCUAAUAUUCCCUACCCUCCCUCCCCUUCUCUUCUACUCUACAAUGAUAAGAAAACAAUGAACCAAUAUGUCUCCACUCCUACAUUGGCAAAGGCCAUGCCGGUAUCAGGUCAGACCUUUUCGGAAUUGCCUCCAACAUUCUCUGACUUCCAGCAUCCUGGAAUUGACCUCCAGCGACCUCAGUGUUCUCGCUCCAACUCUACAGCUGGGUCUGGUGUCAACUAUACCUCUGUAAACUCUGAUCAACUGUUAAGGUUAAAUUGCGACAGUUUUGGUCAAAUAUUGUCCGAAGGAUCCUACGCUACUUUACGUCGCGCUCCAGUCGCGCGGAUACCAAGCAUCCGGCGCGAUACUGCCGUGUCCCAGUGCACAGAGGAUCUUGAUAUCAACGAUUACUCUGACAGAUACUCCGGGCACAUUAAAACCAGUCAGUUGUAAGAUAAUCCCCGAACCAACCAGAGGCGGCCAUUUUGAAUUUAAUGUUUCAAAAACAAUCUAAAAGGUGAUUACUCGAAACAUGUGACGACACAAAAUACAAGCUGUCGGUACUUUCCUAAAUAUACUUCUCUUUAAAGAUCAGAUAAAAGAAAAAAACAGAUAUAAGACAUUUUAAACAUUUAAUAAAUCUGUUCUUGUCUAAUCAUAAUAUGACUUGUUUUAGAAAAAGAUUAGAACUGAUCGAAAGUAAAAUCUAAAUGUUUAGUUUUAUACAUAAAAGUAGAGUUUGUUCUAGUUGAACUGAAAAUGCUUACUUGCCUGUAAAGCCUGUAUGUUUCAGUCAGGCUUUCUCAACAAAACUUAGGCUGCUCUAGACCUGCUGCCUUUAAACAUUCAUCAUUCAUUUAUCAGAUAAAAACACGGUAAUAAGCAGAUUAAGCAUGCUUGUAAAAGACAAAAGUAUUAUGUAUAUAAAUAAUCAUUUUUAAUACUCACACAUGUAAUUUAAAAAUAUUAUAAAUCAUUAUAAAUGUCAUAAUUGUCAAAUCUGAGGCCGAAAUGCGUCAGUUAAAAUCAGUAAGUUUCUUAUUCAUAUACUUGGCCAAUGUAAUCAUUAAAUGUUAAAUGUUUAUAAAAAAGGAAAUAUCUACAUAUAUAUGU